AGCCAGCGUGGUUGAAAAAGAGGUUAGUAUGGUUGUUGUUGCCGAUCUGUUUACAAAUGGUGGAUCGCUGGAUUAAACCGUCACAUUGGCGCAAAAUUAAAAGGAUUAGGACAGACUUCAAUAAGGAAACAACAAUUAUUAUAAAAGAAUCUUAAUAUGGAACAAGAAUGGGAAAAAGCAGUCACGGACACUGGCAUACCAUACUAUAUUAAUCACAAGACAGAGAAGACCUUUUGGAAUAAUCCUAUAAUCAUGAAACUAGAAAGAAAUCUUGCAUCUUUUGGAAAAAUUAAAUAUGCUGCAUAUAGAACUGCAAUGAAGCUGAGAACUAUUCAAAAGGCAACAUGCAGCUGCAGCCUAAGACUAUCAACAAUAAAGGAAUUCUUUGAACUGAAUAGUGUAAGUGAGUCAUUGGACUUAAAAGAAACAGUAACAGCUGGGGAGCUGCAUGAAAUUCUCAAAGAUUUGUUCAUACAUGAGGUCAAGUCUGGCGGAAAGAUGAACUGUAAUCCAUUGUUGGCAUCAGAACUAAUGCUCAAUUGGCUGCUUAAUGUCCAUGAUAAUUCUCGGAAAGGAAAGAUGCGAUUUCUGUCAGUGAGGCUAACUCUGAUUGUUAUUUGCUCUGGAUCACCAAGAGAAAAGUAUAAUUACCUGUACUCCCAGAUUCAGACUCGGCAAGGAACUGUUGACAAUGAGAGACUGGGAUUCUUUUUACAAGCUUGCUUAAAGAUUCCAAAAUACCUUAAUGAGCAAAAAGCAUUCGGAGCUGCAAGCAUUGAGCCCGCUAUAAAGAACUUCUUUGCGCAGACAACAUACCUGGAAAAAGGUUUCAGCAACGAUUUCAUAAAUUGGAUGCUUGCGGAACCUCAACCGCUGGUUUGGAUACCCACACUGUACCGCAUUGCAGCUUCAGAGACAGUAAAACAUGAAGCUAAAUGCAAUGUCUGUAAAAUGUUCCCAUUGGUUGGGUUCAGAUACAAGUGUUUGCAGUGUUUCAACUUUGAUCUUUGUCAGGAGUGCUUUUGGACUGGGAGGACAUCGAAAAGCCAUAAAUUGGCACACCCGACACAGGAGUAUUGUAUGAAAAGUUCCCAAGCAAGUGAUCUGAAAGACGCCAAGAAGAUGUUCAAAAACAAGUUUUUUAAAGGAAAGAAAAACAAAAACAAACAAUCGUCGAAAAAGCGUUAUACAGAAGUGCCUCCAGACCAGCAGUCUGUGAAAUCAGGGGAACCAGAUUACGAGGGCAUGGACGAUAGUGGAAAUGCUGAUGGCAAUUACUCAGAACCAUCUAACUACCAAGCUGCUAGCGAGUUUGAGGAGGAUGCGCCAGUUGUCAUUCAGAACAGUGAACCUUUAGAGGAAGUUAAUGAAGAUAACACUUGGGAUCCAGAGGUGCAGCCUCUAGAGCGUCCUCGAAGUAUGGAAUCAUUGCCACAUCCAGGAAUGGCCAGCGAAUCUGAAUUGAAUUACAAUGACCAUGAAAUAGACAAUGUCCAGGCAACCAUUGUGGAGCCACUACUUCGUUCAGACCAGAAGCUCGAGCUAGAAAAGAUUAUAUCUAGUCUCAAUCAAGAUAACAGGGAGUUCCAGGAUCAAAUUGACUCUAUUCGUGACACUCAGCGGCAAGAAGAACAAAAUAAAGCUGGGAUUUCAGAUGAGAAUUCAAGACUCCGCAUGGAGAGGCGAAGAAUGACAGAGAGACAGACAGUCCUUGAAGAGCAUAACCGACUUUUGGAGAUAGAAAUGCAAAAAUUGCGACUGCUUCUUCAACAGCAAAAGGAAGACAUGCUCACGAUGAUUGACAUCAAGGAAUCCACGAAAAAGAAAUAUAGCCGGGCGAAGUUCCCUACGCUGCUACCAAGAGGAAACAGAUCGAGUUCUUCUGCCGCUACUGCUGUUCAUUUUGGUCCUUCACUAGAUUCAACACUGCAGAUUCCCACAGCUAUUGCUGUAAAAAACUCAAAAAUUCUUCCAAUUUAUGAAACAAUACCCGAAUUUGGUUUACCACAGCCUCCAACUGCUAGGCGAGUGGCAUGGAACGACAACGCCAAUGAGAGGGUUUACAGCUAUGUUGAUGAUGUAUCUGCUAUUAAUAGAGAUCGAAAUGCAAGCCGCGAGGCGGACAAUCGCCCCAGUUUUUAUACGCAACCAUCACUCCCCAAGCGGACGUACCCAAGGUUAAACAGAUCCUUUGAAGAACAGGCACUCGAUAAAACAGUACAGUGGGCCAUGGAGAAUUUUGGGUUUUCUGAAACAGAGUCGAACUGCUGAUGGUUUUUGGAAUAAUACCAAACUUACACAUGGUUAACAAAAAUUGUCUUAUGCGAUCAUAAAAUACAAUCCCCACCGCUCCAACAAGGAGAGUAUUUUGGUGAAUGACGUUAUCAUGUCCCAGCUUGCCGUUGCAUCCAAAAUUCAGUGGGGUAGUUUACUUUGGCCGUAUCUGGACAAAGAGAAAGCAACUUCAGUAUGACUCGUUUUUACCAGUGAAGAACUUGCGCUUUACAGCAAUUAAAUCCACGACCUCGUGUUGAAAUAUUACUUUCAAUUUUAUUAUGCUAAAAUUUCACGAUAUUAUAUAAAAUUUCAUUUGCUUUAUGACGUCAUGAAUUUAGAAUAAAUUUGACGGUGAUAAGCAACCAGAGGUGUAACGCUAGGGGUAUUCAGGUUUUGCAACAUUUUGUGCAGGAGCCCCUUGUUAUUUUGAUACCAUUACAUCCCUGUAGGCAACUGAGAUUGGAAAGUUUCACCUGGGAUGUUUUUGCGAUGAAAUCACCAAACCUAGUGUUGUUACGAAGUCUAAAAAACAGGCACAAACAAAAUAAAAAAUUGUAUUCAUGCUAAAAGUUGGAGUAAUGUCAGGGGUACCUUCCUAAAAAAAUUAGGAAGGGGGGCUUUGCUGAAGGCAAAUUCAAAAGGCCACACUCGUGACCACACCCUUACCACACCCAGUGAACUUGCAUUGUAUACAUGGAAUUGAUCAAACUAUUCAACGGCACAAGAAGACUGAUAAAAAAUUGCUUACUCACAUGGAAUCUAUAGUAUAAUGAAGGCUUUCCAACACAGAACUCAUCCAACCAAAUAUGAACUCACUUGUUGAGCCCUCCUAAAAUCUCUCUGAAUUUUAAGAAGGGGGGCUGAGCACCCCUGAGCCGCUCCCCUCCACGGCACCACUGAGUGGUGUUCACAACGAGGUCGUAAAUGAAUUGGUGUAUUGUAUGGUUAAAAAGAAAAUUUUGGAUUAAUUAAAUUUGUGGUACUUUCUACGUUUUAACAACAAAACAUAGGUCUUAUAAUAGAACAAUAUACGCAUUUAUAUGUAUCUACAAUCCUUGCCAAAAAUAACUGGAACGCCUUCCCACUGCAGCAUGCAAAUAAACAAAGCAAGU